GAAAGGAAUAAACAGUCAUUUGAAUGUGGAAGCAAGUUCCUCUUAUCCAAUAACAAAACAUAAAAUAGAAUACAUUGCAUUAUUCUCCUUUUCAAACUUAUGCUGGAUUAGCUGUUGAGAGAGGGGUUCCCCUAGUGAUGGCUUACCGUCUGUAUGAAGGAAAGGAACAUGCUUCAUCCUACUGGAAGUACAGGAUCUCUCCAUCAGAUCAUCUAAUACAACAAGUGCUCAACUUCCUGGAAAAACAGAUAGGUCAUCCCUUUGAGCUGGCAGUGGAUGUCGGUUGCGGCUCAGGACAGGGCACACUGCUGCUGGCCAAACACUUUGCCUCCGUGGUGGGGACAGAUGUUAGUUCUGCCCAGCUGGAAAUGGCUUUGCAGCAUGCCAAAGAGCCAAACAUUACUUACAGACAGUGUGUGGCUGAGGAGCUGCCGUUCGCUGACAGCUCAGUGGACUUGGUGACAGCCAUGUCUGCCUUCCACUGGUUCGACCGACCUCACUUUCUCCGGGAGGCCCACAGAGUCCUGAAGCCCCUUGGCUGCUUGGCUCUGCUCAACUACACCAUUGACAUGCAGCUCAGCUACUCCGACUGCUGCUCACAUUCACUCAACCAAGUCUGCAAAGAGUUUUAUGCAGCCUUGCAGCCUUACCGCAGUGCCCAUCUCGGUCCCAGCUCAAUUGAGUUAUACCGGGAGGCCUAUGAAUCCAUCCCUUACCCUGACAAGGAGUGGCACGACUGUGUGUGGGUGAAAAGGCCCAUGCCCCUGUCCAGUUACAUGGGGUUGGUGGAGUCUUUCUCCAGCUAUCAGGCUCUGCUGAGAGACAACCCGCAGAAAGCCAACGCGCUCUCUCAGGACUUCUGUCAAAGGUUGAUGUCCAUAAUGAGGGUGACCGCUGUGGAGACAGAGGUGGUGGUUUCUGUGAAGUAUUUUUACCUCCUGGCCUGCAAACCGCAGGAAGCCUGACUCCUGCCAGCACUUGCAUUUUUAACAAAGUCAUGAAGAAACUUGUGCUAC